AAUAAUAAUAAUAAAAAUAAAAAUAAAAAUAAAAAAAGCUCCACCUCUGUAGAGUGGUCGUAUUUUGGGUCCUUCUCGUCAAUUCAGUGGGUAUUUUCGUUGUCGAACGAAGAAGAAGAAGAAGAAGCUAUCACCGUUACCAGGCGAUCCACCAUUUUUGUCUGAAGGAGAUAAAGGGGAUCUGGGUGUUGUAUUUGAUUGAUCAAUGGCUGCUAAUGUGCCUCCUCCAGGGGCACCUAGGCCCGGUAUGGUGCCACCUCCUAAUUACAUUCCUAAUGCCCAAAGAGCUCCCGAUUCCCUGGCUGAUAAUUUGCAGAAUAUGAAUCUCAACCGCCCACCUUCUAUGCUUAAUUCUAGCCCUGUACCUUCCCCAUUUGGCCAACCACCGCCUUUUGCUUCGCCAGCCACUUCUCAUGGCUUGCCUGGUGCACAAGCACCUUUUUCUCGCCCUGGGCCUCCUCCUCCAGGUGCACUUGGAAGACCUGUGAUGCCACCAUCAGGACCCCCACAAGCCAUGUUACAAACUGGUGGGGCGCCAGUGAGACCUACUGGACCACCUGUAGGCCAACCUUCUCCAUUUGCAUCAAGACCUCCUGGUUCUUUCCCCCCUUCGAUGGGUGGUUAUGGUGCACCUGGUUCUGGGCCUCUUCCUUCUGGUCCAGUAGCACCACAGUCACUGCCACCUGGUGCUCAGCCUCUUCCUGGAUCUUCACCAAUGGCUACUGGUCAGUUUGCACUGCCAUCUAGGGCACCUGGUGGCUUGAUGAGCAAUGGUCCACCAAGUUUUGGUCAAGGUGCCAUGCCAGGUGGUCCCCGAUAUCCGCCCAUUGGAAGUGCUCCACAACCACCUCUUGGGCCUCCACAGACAAUGGGACCUGUGCCUCCUCGUGGUCCAACCAUGAGCAAUGAUCUUGGUGGUAUGGGAGCCAGCGGUCCACCACCUCCCCCCAUGCAACCAUCCUCACCUUAUUCGGGUGUAGCUCAGGGCGCACUACCACCAGCAGGGUCACCUUUUGGCUCACCGACGUGGCCAAUGCAACCUGGACAGAUGGCACCUCCACCAGUUCCUGGUUCCAUGCAGCCGCCCCGAAUGUAUCCAAAUCAAUCCAUGACUACAAUACAAUCUGGCAUCGGUCAAACAGGAGCUCCUGUUGCUGGAUCAACUAAAAUUGACCCUAAUCAAAUUCCAAGGCCCUUGCCAAGCUCUUCAAUUAUCCAGCAUGUAACUCGUCAUGGAAAUCAGGCCAAUUGUCCUCCGCCUGCUACAAGUGAUUACGUUGUUAAUGACAAUGGAAACUGUAGUCCACGUUACAUGAGGUGCACCAUAAAUCAGAUACCAUGCACUGCUGACCUUUUGACAACGUCAGGGAUGCCUUUAGCUUUGCUGGUCCAACCUCUUGCACUUCCUCACCCAUCAGAGGAACCGAUACAUGUUGUGGACUUUGGUGAAAGUGGUCCAGUUCGAUGUUCUCGCUGCAAAGGCUACAUAAAUCCUUUCAUGAAGUUUAUUGAUCAGGGAAAGCGAUUUAUCUGUAACUUGUGUGGAUUUACUGAUGAGACUCCCCGUGACUACCACUGUAAUCUUGGGCCAGAUGGUAGGCGUCGAGAUGCAGAUGAAAGACCUGAGUUAUGUAGAGGAACAGUUGAAUUUGUUGCUACAAAAGAGUACAUGGUGCGUGAUCCCAUGCCGGCUGUAUACUUUUUCCUCAUUGAUGUAUCCAUGAAUGCGAUGCAAACUGGUGCAACUGCGGCAGCUUGCAGUGCAAUUAGUCAAGUCAUUUCUGAUCUCCCUGAAGGUCCUCGGACAAUUGUGGGAAUUGCAACCUUUGACUCAACAAUCCAUUUUUACAAUUUGAAACGUGCAUUACAGCAGCCACUAAUGCUAAUAGUUCCUGAUGUACAAGAUGUUUAUACUCCCUUACAGACAGAUGUUCUUGUGCCUCUAUCCGAGUGCCGACAGCAUUUAGAGGUAUUGCUGGAAGUUAUUCCAACCAUGUUUCAGAAUAGUAAAACUGCUGAAUCAGCGUUUGGUGCUGCAAUUAAGGCUGCUUUCCUAGCUAUGAAGAGCACUGGAGGGAAACUUAUGGUAUUUCAAUCAGUUUUGCCAUCAACUGGCAUUGGAGCUCUUUCUGCUAGAGAAGCUGAAGGAAGAGCUAAUGUAUCUGCGGGAGAGAAGGAAGCCCAUAAAUUACUUCAGCCAGUUGACAAAACUUUUAAGACAAUGGCUAUUGAAUUUGCGGAGUAUCAGGUUUGCGUGGAUGUAUUUAUCACUACCCACACAUAUGUGGAUAUUGCAUCUAUUGCUGUCAUCCCAAGAACAACAGGAGGGCAGGUUUAUUAUUAUUAUCCAUUCUCAGUUGUAUCUGAUCCUGCAAAGAUCUACAAUGAUCUUAGAUGGAAUAUUACAAGGCCCCAAGGUUUUGAGGCAGUGAUGCGUGUUAGAUGCAGCCAGGGCAUUCAAGUUCAAGACUACUCUGGAAACUUCUGCAAGCGGAUUCCAACAGAUGUUGAUCUACCUGGGAUUGACUGUGACAAAACUAUUUUGGUGACCUUAAAACACGAUGAUAAACUACAGGAUGGCUCAGAAUGUGCUUUUCAGUGUGCCCUUCUUUACACAACUGUAUAUGGUCAACGGAGAAUUCGAGUUACAACCUUGUCACUGCCGUGCACAAAUAUGCUAAGCUAUUUGUUUCGUGCAGCUGACUUGGACUCUCAAUUCACAUGUUUCUUGAAGCAAGCGGCAAAUGAAAUUCCUUUCAAUCCACUCUCACGAGUUCGGGAACAAGUGACGAAUCUAUGCAUCAACAGCCUGCUUGCUUACCGUAAAUUUUGUGCUACACCAUCAUCAUCUGGCCAGCUUAUCCUUCCAGAGGCACUUAAGCUUCUGCCUUUGUACACCCUGGCAUUAAUCAAAAGUACUGGCCUGCGAAAUGAUGGGAGGAUGGAUGACCGUUCGUAUUGGAUCAAUUAUGUUUCCUCCAUCUCUACUCCUCUCGCAAUUCCACUGGUAUACCCAAGGAUGAUAGCUAUUCAUGAUCUUGAUUUGAAGGAGAAUGAUGAUACUGUUCUUCCUCCAUUCGUUGCACUUUCUAGUGAGCAUAUUAGUGACAAUGGAAUCUAUCUUCUCGAGAAUGGUCAAGAUUGUUUAAUUUACAUUGGUAGCACAGCAGAUCCAGCAUUACUGAAACAACUUUUCGGUAUUUCUUCUGUUGACGAAGUUACCCCACAGUUUGUGUUGCAGCAGUAUGACAAUCCACUAUCAAAGAGGCUGAAUGAAGUUAUGAAUGAAAUACGGCGCCAAAGAUGUUCUUACCUACGCUUGAGAUUGUGCAAGAAAGGAGAUCCAUCAGGAAUGUUGUUCUUCUCUUAUAUUGUAGAAGACCAACAACAUCCAACUGGCCCGUCCUAUGUCGACUUUCUAGUACAUGUUCAUCGACAAAUCCAAGUAAAAAUGACGGCGUGAAUGCAUAUUGCUUUUCCAAGUUGAGUUAAACAAGUUUUGAUAAACUUCCAGCUAGGGUGCUCACUCAUCAUUGAAUUUGAAUUAAAAGGAAGGAACAGGUUGAUAAUAGCACUUCAUAGCGGAGCAAUCCGGGGUCGCCCCGAUCCAUUUUUUCUUGGUUUUUUUUUUAUGUUUCAAGUAUAGUGAACAAAAUUUUGCGCUAUUAGAGAGGGUGGUCACUGUAGCUGACAUAGUAAAAAUAAAUCUAAAGUUAUAAUAUCAUCUUAUUGUUUGUGUAUUUAAAUUGUGCUGUUUAUUGCCCCGCUUUACUAGUUUUUUCUCUAGUGAGAACUGAAAUAUAUGACCCAAACAAAAGAAGAGGCACAAUUUGUAUGGACUGCUUUGAUGGGUAUGGUUCUAUAUGAAUGAAUAGUUUGGUUGUUCAAAUAUAA